AAUCCUCACCUCCUCUCGACACUUGAGUACAGAAGCAUAUUUUAAUUACCAGCCAUGGACGGAUCAUUAUAUGAUGACUUUGGAAACUACAUUGGCCCCGAUCUGUCCGAUGAGGAGGAGGAGGAGGAAGAGGAGGAGUUGUUACAACAGCAACAACAAGGGCAACAGAAUGACCAAAGUAUGGAUGUAGACGACGAAGACGAGGAUCAGGAAAUGCAGGAAACUAAUGAUAGGUCAAGCACAGCAUUGUCGCGUCUUGGAGAUAUUGCUCAUAAUCAGAUCGUCCUGCAUGAGGAUAAAAAAUAUUACCCAACAGCAGAGGAAGUUUAUGGCGAGGAUGUCGAGGCAUUGGUUGAAGAGGAAGAUACCCAACCAUUGACUGAACCCAUUAUUCAGCCUAUAAAAUCCAAAAAGUUCCAACUCGAGGAAAAAGAUCUGCCUUUGACCCGAUUCCGUAAACAGUAUAUGUAUGAUCUUAUGACCUUCCCUCCUCGCGUACGCAACGUUGCACUUGUGGGUCACCUUCAUCAUGGAAAGUCAUCCAUAAUGGAUAUGCUUGUCAAUGAGACACAUGAGAAGAAUCACAGUGUCGAUGUUCCGGAAUGUUAUACAGAUACACACCCACUGGAGAGGGCUCGUGGCGUCAGCAUCAAGAGCAUGCCUAUGACUCUUGUCAUGCAAGAUACAAAAGAUGUCUCAUAUUUACUCAAUGUUAUUGACACGCCAGGUCAUGUCGACUUUAUUGAUGAAGUAUCGGCAGCAUUGCGUAUUUCAGAUGGAGCAGUAUUGGUUGUAGAUGCUGUAGAGGGUGUUAUGUGCAAUACUGAACGUAUCAUUCGACACUGCAUCCAGGAGAAAGUUGCACUCACCAUGGUCGUCAACAAAGUUGAUCGGCUCAUUCUGGAAUUAAAGCUUCCUCCCACGGAUGCGUACUUUAAACUAAAGCAUACAAUCGAAGAAGUCAACACUAUCAUUUCACAAACUCCUGGUGGAGAGGGCAUUAGACUUUCGCCCGAGCUUGGCAAUGUCAGUUUUGGGUCCUCACAGAUGGGCUGGUGUUUCACUCUCAAAUCAUUUGCCAAGCUCUACGCUGACUCUUAUCCUGGAGUUGAUGCAGACGGAUUCGCGAAGCGUCUGUGGGGCGAUGUGUACUUCAACAAAGAGACAAGGAAGUUUGGACGCAAUGCUCCAGAUUCAACUACAAAGCGCUCAUUUGUUCACUUUAUUUUAGAGCCUCUGUUUAAGAUCUAUGGUCAGGUUGUGGCAGAGGAUGCAGCAACCCUCAAAAAAACACUUUCGAGUUUAAACAUUUUCCUGAAACCGAAACAAUAUUCAUUGGAUGUGAAGCCAAUUCUCAAACUAGUUCUUGACCAGUUCUUUGGACCACCAACUGGGUUUGUUGAUAUGAUUUCACAGCACAUCAAAUCACCCGCAGAGAAUGCGGCUCAAAAAGUUGAGCACAUCUAUACUGGACCCGUGGAUGAUGAGGCUGCUGUCGCUAUGAAGGCAUGUAACCCCAAUGGACCAUUGAUGAUUCACAUUACUAAGCUCUACAACUCAGCAGAUGGCGAAAGGUUUGAGGCCUUUGGUCGCGUCAUGAGCGGCACUGUGCGCACGGGUCAGCGAGUCCGAGUUCUUGGAGAGGGGUAUACGGUCGAUGAUGAUGAAGACAUGACUGUUCAGACGGUAGAGAGUGUGUCAAUUUUUGAGUCGCGAUACAGGAUUGAAGCCCAAUCUGUUGUAGCUGGUAAUUGGGUUCUGCUGGGAGGAGUAGAACAGUCCAUUACCAAGACAGCAACCAUUACAAGUGCGGACCGCACAGAGGAUUUGUUUAUCUUUAGACCAUUGCGCUUCAUGACCUCGCCAGUCAUGAAGAUUGCCAUUGAGCCAGUCAACCCGUCCGAAUUACCCAAGAUGUUAGAAGGUCUGAGAAACGUCAAUAAGUCCUAUCCGAUUUUACAGACAAGGGUGGAAGAGAGUGGAGAACACAUUAUCCUUGCGCCAGGAGAACUGUAUAUGGACUCUGCGCUUCAUGACCUGCGUAAGCUGUACUCGGAAAUUGACUUGAAGGUAGCCGAUCCUGUCGUCAGAUUCUGUGAGACUGUACUAGAGACAAGUAGCCUCAAAUGCUUUGCUGAGACACCCAACAAGAAGAACAAAUUAACCAUGAUUGCAGAGCCUCUAGAGAAAAAGAUUGUUGAUGAUAUUGAAGGAUUGAAAGUAUCAACAGAGUGGACAGCACGUCAACUUGGAAAUUACUUUCAACAAAACUAUGAUUGGGAUAUUUUGGCGGCACGCAACAUUUGGGCGUUUGGGCCAGAUAUGAAUGGACCUAACAUCUUGGUAGACGAUACGUUGCCAAGUGAGGUUGAUAAGACUCGCCUAAAGCAAGUCAAGGAUAGUAUUCGUCAAGGAUUCCAAUGGGGAACAAGAGAAGGGCCCCUGUGUGAUGAACCAAUCAGAAGCGUCAAAUUCCGAAUCAUUGGAGCAGACCUAGCAACAGAACCUAUUUAUCGAGGAAGUGGACAGAUUAUCCCUACAGCCCGUCGUGUGUGCUACUCUUCGUUCUUGAUGGCAAGCCCAAGGUUGAUGGAACCUGUAUAUACGGUGGAAGUGCAGGCGCCUGCGGACUGUGUUGCUGCAGUGUAUACAGUUCUGGCACGUCGUCGUGGACAUGUUUUGAAGGAUAUUCCCAAAGCAGGAUCACCGUUGUACAUUGUCCAUGCAGUCAUCCCUGUGAUCGAAUCAUUUGGCUUUGAGACCGAUCUCCGUACACACACGCAGGGUCAGGCUUUUGCUCAGCAAAUGUUUGACCAUUGGCAAAACGUGCCUGGCGAUCCGUUGAACAAGAGCAUUGUUCUGCGGCCGCUCGAGCCCAGUCCAAUUCAGCAUUUAGCCAGGGACUUUAUGAUCAAGACACGUAGACGUAAAGGUCUGAGUGAAGACGUCUCUGUCAACAAGUUCUUUGAUCAGGACAUGCUUCUCAACCUGGCACAACUUGACUCUGAAGGCUUCGGCUUUGGUUUGUAAGGAAGGUUUUCUUUUCAUUUUCAUUUCAAC